GAACGACUAAGAAGACCGUAAUCUUACAGGUAUCCUGGGCCGUCCGAGCGACGCUUUUCUCCCUCGCUGGAGUCGGUAUCAUCAUGGGUCUGGCAUUCCUCUAUCUUAACAUUAGAUACAAGGCUAAAAGGGCCAUCAAGCUGUCGUCCCCUCCCCUGGGAAAUUUGACUUUGAUCGGCUCUCUGCUUCUGUACGCCUCGGUCUUUGCUUCCGGAUGGGAUGAUACUGACCUGUCUGAUACGGCCAUUGUCUUCAAGUGCCACUUGGAGCGUAUCCUGAUAUCCCUUGGCUUGUCGUUGUCGUUUGGUUCCAUCUUUGUGAAGACGUAUCGGAUACACGCAAUCUUCACACUGGCCGUUAAAAGAUUCAAAAACAUUGAUUUACCGGACUGGAAACUCAUCGGCGGAGUUGCUCUAAUCGCUGCCGUGGAUUGUGCCAUCUUCACGCUGUGGGUCGCUUUGGACUCGACGACUGUUGAGAGCCGAUCCUUUGAGCCAAAGCUUAACAUGACAGAACCAGAGAAGGAAUUAUUCGACGUGCCAGUCAUUAGGUACUGUGACAGUGCCCAUGCGCAGUACUUCAUCAUCGCCAUCUACGGCGUGAAGGGGAUAUUGCUGACCUUUGGCCUCUUCUUGGCUUGGGAAACGAGAAAUAUUGCCGUCUCACAACUCAAUGACAGUAAAUACAUAGCAGCCUCUGUGUACGUUGUCUGCCUGACCAUUGUUCUUACCGUCCCAACGAUGACUCUUCUUGCUGAUGACGUCAAUAUGACGUUUGCAAUCCCUGGUGUGGCCAUUGUUGUGGUCAACACUACGGUACUGUGCCUGAAUUUUAUCCCAAAGGUGUACCUAUUGGUGUCAGUGAAUGAUAAGGAUGUACGUAUCAGCAUGAUGCAGUCCAUGGGAUACGGCGGGGAGACGACGGAUCUUGGAUCUAGAAGUGGCUCACAUGCCGAUCGGACGAACAAACAGAAGCAGAUGGUGUUGGAGCAGUUAUGUCGUCAUCUUCAACGGCUACAACACGCAAAGUCAAUGCCGUUGUAACACAGUAGGACCUGCCUGAGGACAAAACCAAACAAUGUAUUUGCAUACUCGCAGUAGUAAUGUGAGCAAAACAUUCUCAAAGUUAAAAGAAAACGAAUCGUCACAGUGUCAAAAGAAGUUUUUAAAUUAUUGAGAAAGUUUAUUGGACGAUAAUAUAAACAGGCAGAGGCUGGAAUGUUACUGAAGUCGUCUGUUGCCGCAGUGUGGGAAGGUUAUAGGGAAAGGGGAAACAGGGUGAUUCCUCUGCUGAAAAUGGACGAGCAUUCACUACUACAAAAUCUACCCGACGACGUUUCACUAUUCUAUGCACAAGAUUACGUCUCACGCAACUUGUUAUUAAAAGUAGAGUAGCGAGCACGAUAUCGAAAUGACUGUUAUUAUAGCACUUGCACAGUAAAACGCAUAACUCAAUAAGUAUAUGAGCCAACAACAUAGUAAAGGUUUGAGAGAAUAGUGGAAACAUAACUGGAUGUGUUUUUCCCUUACCGAAAGUCAGACGGGAAAAGAGAAAGGCUAAAAGGUCCUAUAAUAAAAACUCU